GGCCCUCUGCGCCUCUUCCCCCUCCCCCCCUGAGAGGAGUCCGGACAGGGUCUAGACAGGCAAGACAUGAAGAUACAAAAGGCUGCUGCUCGACGGUCAUGAUGAUGGUUCCUCUUGUCUCCUAUCUAUCUUUCACGAUCAGUCCUUCCUUUGGCAGAUUGCCUUGUCCUUCCUUCGCUAUUGUUUACUGUCACUCUUUAAUCGAUAAUUCAUAAUACUCGUGUUGCUUGCAAUGCAGACCAAGAUGACUCGCUCUGCGCUGCUGUGCCUCUUGUUGGCUGUUGGGCCUGCAGCGGUGCUGUCAGCACCUGCGCCAAUUGAGCGCAACGUUGCCGCCAGAGAUUUCCCAUUCUCGCCAGAGAGCUCCGGCAUGGACGGGAACCAUGCUGCCGCCGGCUCUGGCUUCGACGCUGGCAUCCCCGACGGUCCCAACUAUGGCGGAGGCGAGGGCGCCGAGGCCAACUCCUACGGAGACAACGGCGACGACUCGGACUCGGACUACAACGAGAGCAGUGCCGGCUCUGGCUUUGACGCCGGUAUUCCUGACGGCCCCAACUAUGGCGGAGGCCAGAGCGCCGAGUCUGUCUCCCAUGGAAGCAGCGGCAACGGCAACGGCGACGACUCCAAUUCCGAGACCAACGAAAGCAGUGCCGGCUCUGGCUACACGGCCAGCAUCCCCGGCGGACCUAGCUUUAGCAUGGGUAGCUGGGCCGAUGCCAUCUCUCACUCUGAGCAGCCGCAGCCUGAAGAGAGCGAACCCCCUCCGCCGUCGACCUCUGAGACCAACCCACCCCCUGAAAAACCUACCAGCAUCUGGACUCCCCCGGCUACUGAAUCCGUUCCUCCGACCAAGGAGUCUGUUCCUCCCACGGAUGGAAUCUGUUCCCCCCCACCCUGCCCCUUCGGCCGUGUCCCCUGUUCACUCUGCCGCUCCGGCCCCUGUCCCAGAAAUGGCACCUUCCCCAGAAAUGGCUCCGACUCCAGAGACUGCCCCUGCGUCUACCAGUGAAUGCGGCUGCGCCUGCAACUGCUGUUCCUGCUGCAGUGGACAGGAACAGUCUUCCACCAUGCUCUCUAGCGACGAGAUCACGGCCCUCCGGCAGAUCCUCGCUAUGGUUGGGAACGCCAAUGCGUGAUCUGUCUCCCAACAUGUCCACAGCUUCCAGCUGCUGUCUUUUUUCUUU